UGGGCUUCUACGCCGUCUUUUGAUGACGUAAGAAGAAGCGCGACACACACAUGCUAUCAGUGCUUUUUACACUAUGGCAACAGUAAAAGUUAGCGAGGCUGAAAAGGUGUACAUCUUACACGGUAUACGGGAUGACUUACGAGUGGACGGAAGAGGCUGUGAGGACUACAGACACGUGGAAAUAGAGACCGAUGUGGUGUCCAACACGGACGGCUCCGCCAAAGUCACACUGGGCCACACAGCGGUUCUAGUUGGGAUUAAGGCUGACAUCGGUAAACCGAGGCCCAUGGUGCCAAACGAAGGCUACUUGGAAUUCUUUGUAGACUGUUCGGCCAAUGCAACCCCCGAGUUUGAGGGCAGAGGAGGCGAGGAGCUGGGGACGGAGCUGAGUAACACGCUCUACAAAGUCUUCAACAACAAACACAGCGUGGACCUGAAGAGCCUCUGCAUCAGUGCAGGAGAACACUGCUGGGUCCUCUACGUGGAUGUGCUGCUCCUGCAGUGUGAUGGAAACCUGUACGAUGCCAUCUCGGUAGCUAUCAAGGCAGCUCUCUUCAACACAAAAAUUCCCAAAGUGCACAUAUCAGCUGACGAGGAAGGAGCGAAGGAAAUUGAGCUGUCGGAUGACCCGUACGAUUGCAUUAGAAUCGAUGUCGAAAACGUUCCUUGUAUAGUGACGUUGUGCAAGGUGGGCCACAGGCACGUAGUGGAUGUGACUCUGCAGGAGAAGGCCUGCUCCGUGGCGAGCCUGAUCAUCUCUGUCACACACAAGGGCAAGGUCACCUGCACGAGGAAGGUGGGCGGAGGCAGCCUGGAUCCAGAGAGUAUCUUUGAAAUGACAGAGGCAGGUAAACGGGUCGGGAAGGCCCUUCACGCUCCGCUCAUGAAGCUGCUGCGCCAGGAGGAGAGUUUAGGAAAGACGCGACAGAAAGUUGGCUUCCUUGGUUAACAUCAACUGCUGUAGCUACAGUUUGUUUGUACAUGAAUACAGAAUUUUCUUAUAAAACUUUAAAUUUGUACGGCCUUCUUGUCUUUGUAUUUAAAUGUAGAAACACUGUUAUAUGGUGUUGCUGUUUUAACACAUUUCUCCCCAAAAUGUAAGAUCUGGUGUAAAGAUCCUGUACAGAUCCAUUUCAUGAUGAAGACAAUAAAAAAAUAAAAAAUAAAAAAAAAAGUAUGCUACGGACAUUAUAGAGGGGCUAUAUUUCACACAACAUCAAGUAGGUCCAUCAGAUAAUGUUUCUGAACAGUGUCUUUUACCAAAUUUCCCCCUGGGGAUGAAUAAAGUAUCUAUCUAUCUA